AUGUUACCACCAAAGGUAUACACCUUCUUAUGUGCUUGUUUUGCGGCGAUGGGGGCCACACUGUAUGGCUAUGAUCUCGGUGUGAUCUCAUAUGUCUUGGUAGCACCAGACUUCUUAAAGACUGUCAACUUGGAUCCUGUCAAAGAUGCCAAUUACAUCGGAUUUAUCGUGUCCUCCAUGUUACUUGGUGCCUUUGUUGGUAGUAUUCCCGCCUCUUUAAUUGCCGAUGCGUUCAGUCGAAGAAUGGCCAUCACUGUUGCGGGAGGAGUCUUCAUAAUCGGAGGUAUCCUUCAGACCGCAGCCAUGAACAAAGAGACGAUUUUUGCGGGAAGAUUCUUUGCUGGUCUGGGUAUCGGAAUGUUGGGUGUACUGGCACCAUUGUAUCAAUCAGAAAUCGCUCAUCCCUCUGUAAGAGGUAUGCUUACAGCGACCUUCCAAUUUUUCUUGGGCAUCGGAGCUAUCGUUGCAGGCUGGAUUGCGUACGGUGUUGAGCAGACCCAUCCUAAUGACCCUAUGGCUUGGCGUCUUCCCCUCGGGUUCCAAAUGGCUCCUGCCGUACCCUUAUUGAUCCUAUCCUUCUUACUCCCGGAGUCUCCUCGUUGGUUGAUGAUCAAGGGACGAGAAGAAGAGGCUCUACACACUCUCGCGCGUCUUCAUGCUCGUGGCAACAUUGAUGAUCCCUUUGUCCGGGGUGAAUUCUACUCAAUGCAAGCCAAAGUAGGAGAAGAAGCCCAGCUUGAUCAAUCGUGGUCCUUGAUCUUCAAAGACCGUACCAAUAUGCGAAAAGUUCUUUACGGUAUUAUCCUCCAGUUCUCGGUACAGAUGACCGGUGUUUCCGCUAUUCAGUAUUACGCAGGGACCGUUUACCAAUCAGUAGGAUUCUCCAAGUCAACUGCUCUGCUCAUCAACUCUCUCAAUAAUAUCAACGCUCUUAUUGGAGAAUUAGCCUGUAUUCUAUUGGUAGAUAGGGUAGGAAGAAGGUUCCCUCUGAUUGCUGGAAACAUUCUGGCUGGAUCCUGCUUUGCCGUAGCUACUGCACUUGCUAAACAGUUUGCUGUCGGUGGUGGCAAUAAAGGUCAGGGGAUUGGCUUUGUUGCUGUUCUCUUUGUGUACAAUUUUGCAUUCUCGGCCUGCAUCGGUCCUCUGUCUUGGGUAUACCCGGUGGAAAUCUUCAAUACUGCUGUGAGAGGCAAGGCCACAGCUCUGACCUGUAUGGCUGCUUGGAUUUCAAACUUUAUGAUUGGUCAGGUAUCUCCCAUAGCGUUUGCCAACAUUACAUGGAAAUAUUAUCUGGUUUUCACCGUAUGUGGCUUCACCAACGCUUUGACCUUCUAUGUGCUCUUCCCUGAGACCAAAGGCCGAACUUUGGAAGAGAUGGAUGCCUACUUCAGACGAACUCACUGGUUUGUUCCUGGAGCUAAGGAAGAUCCCGUCUCAACUCACGAGAGAGAUAUGCAGCUUGCUCAAGAGGGACGUAUGCACAGAUCUACUGCUGCAGAUACGGAGAAAGGCUUGCAAGCAGGAGAUUACAAUCACAAGGAACAUGUGCAAUACUAG